GGGGAGAGGGAGGAGUGCCGAGCAGAGAGCGAGGUUACACAUGAGAGCAGUCCAGAGAACGAAAGUAAGAGAGACAGAGGCGAGAGAGAGAAUAGCAGGACAGGUACGAUAGUGUGGAUUAUGGAGUUGAGAAGGUUUCAGUCUUACCUCACAAGUUAAUUACCUGUUGCUCACUGGAGGAGAACAAAGAAAAGUGGAGAAAAAAGAAAGAGUAAACAAUAAGGGCAACGGAGAAAGAGAGAGAGGCAGAGGGGAAAACCAGGGGUAGAGAGAGGGCGGGAGAUAGGGAGAGGGGGGAACAAGGGGUAGAGAGAAAGGGAAGGACAACAGUUGAAUGUUGACAGAGGGAGUGAGGAUAUUAAUCGGGAGAUGAACAAAAAGGAGAGGGCAAAAAGAGAAAGUGUAUAGAAAAACGAAUAGAUUCACAUUGACAGAGUGGACUGGACUUCAAUGAAGCAUCAGCAAAAUAAAGGGUGAGAGAAAGAGAAAGGUCACUGCAGUAGGUGCUGUGCACUAUAGUUCCUUAAGCACGCUUACUAUGCAACAGGAGAGUUAGGACACGCAAAGACAGACAGACGUUCACUACACGAUUGAACCAUGUUGAUGAAGGAGUAUAGAAUAUGCAUGCCACUAACUGUGGAAGAGUUGGACUGGUUGAGGCUUACAAACGUCAAUGAAGGCAUUUGGCCUGGAGGUUAAAAACAACAGAUUCUGCCAGGGAGUAAGAAGUGUAUAAGAUUGGGCAGCUGUACAUGAUCAGUAAACACAGUAAUGAGCAGAGCGGAGGAGGGGAGGGAGUGGAGGUGGUGAGGAACCAACCAGACACACAUCCCCAACAUGGCCUGGGACAGCUCACUGAGAAACGCAUCUACCUCAAUAGUAAACUGCCAUCCUGGGUGAGUGUGUUUGUCCCCAGGGUCUUCUAUGUGACAGAGAAGGCCUGGAACUUCUACCCUUACACCAUCACAGAGUACUCGGUCUCCUUCCUUCCCAAGUUCAGCAUCCGUAUUGAGACCAGGUUUGAGAACAACAAUGGUGACAACAAUAAUGUAUUUGGAGACAGGCCCACCCCUGCAGAGAGCGUGAGCCACCUGGAUAUCCUCAUUGACCCCAUCCCUGACAAACACUACAAGGAGACAGAGGACCUGAGUCGCUGGGUGUCUGAGAAGACGGGCCGAGGCCCCCUGGUGGAAGGGUGGCGUAAGGACAGCACCCCCAUCAUGUGUUCCUAUAAGAGGGUGCAGUGCAGUUUCGAAGUCUAUGGCUUCCAGGGCAAGACUGAGGACUUCAUACACAGGAACAUCCAGGACAUCCUACUGGUGGGGCACAGACAGGCUGUGGCCUGGACAGACGAAUGGCACGGGAUGAGUUUGGAGGAUGUGAGAGAGUAUGAGCGACAGAUACAGGAACAGACCAACAGCAAACUCAAAUCAACCCAGAACAACAACACAGCAGCCCCUCGUCCGGCAUACUCGCGCUCUAUGUCCGUCACAGAUGAGCGCUCUCUGAAGAAGAUGGGAGUGAAGACUAUGGCCAUGUCAGACCCCUCCACCUCCACACUGCCUCAUAGCACUGUCCGCCUUAACUCCACCCCCGAGUAACACACACACGUUCAUACUGAUGCAUCAAUUCCUGCCUGCUUAAACCCCUCCGUGACAGUAACUACACUGCAGCAGUUCCUUUUUGUUUUACGGCCAUCCACCACAGACACAUUUAACCAAUAACGCUACACUGUCCACAGAAGCAGCACUUAGACCACUCAGGUCCUACCCCUUUCUCCAGCUGUAACUAUAUAACACAACCCCCAGUCCUACCCCUUUCUCCAGCUGUAACUAUAUAACCCAACCCCCUGUCCUACCCCUUUCUCCAGCUGUAACUAUAUAACCCAACCCCCUGUCCUACCCCUUUCUCCAGCUGUAACUAUAUAACCCAACCCCCUGUCCUACCCCUUUCUCCAGCUGUAACUAUAUAACCCAACCCCCUGUCCUACCCCUUUCUCCAGCUGUAACUAUAUAAUCCAACCCCCAGUCCUACCCCUUUCUCCAGCUGUAACUAUAUAACCCAACCCCCUGUCCUACCCCUUUCUCCAGCUGUAACUAUAUAACCCAACCCCCUGUCCUACCCCUUUCUCCAGCUGUAACUAUAUAACCCAACCCCCUGUCCUACCCCUUUCUCCAGCUGUAACUAUAUAACCCAACCCCCUGUCCUACCCCUUUCUCCAGCUGUAACUAUAUAACCCAACCCCCUGUCCUACCCCUUUCUCCAGCUGUAACUAUAUAACCCAACCCCCUGUCCUACCCCUUUCUCCAGCUGUAACUAUAUAACCCAACCCCCUGUCCUACCCCUUUCUCCAGCUGUAACUAUAUAACCCAACCCCCUGUCCUACCCCUUUCUCCAGCUGUAACUAUAUAACCCAACCCCCUGUCCUACCCCUUUCUCCAGCUGUAACU